GUCAUUUCCGUGCGCCAGCACUACGCCAGAAUAAGACGCGGACCGCGGACUGUGGUAGUGUCUCUGUUCUUAAAGUUCCGUCUUGCUUGUCGCUUGCGAGGGAGCCAUGGAGAGUGACUUUUACCUACGUUACUACGUGGGUCAUAAAGGCAAGUUCGGCCAUGAGUUCCUGGAGUUUGAAUUCCGACCUGACGGUAAAUUGCGAUAUGCUAACAACAGCAAUUACAAAAAUGAUGUCAUGAUCAGGAAAGAGGCCUAUGUACAUAAAAGUGUGAUGGAAGAAUUAAAGAGAAUUAUUGAUGACAGUGAAAUCACCAAGGAAGAUGAUGCUCUGUGGCCCCCUCCUGAUCGAGUGGGCCGACAGGAACUUGAAAUUGUCAUUGGAGAUGAACACAUUUCUUUUACAACAUCAAAAAUCGGUUCACUUAUUGAUGUCAACCAGUCCAAGGAUCCAGAAGGCUUACGAGUAUUUUAUUAUCUUGUCCAGGACCUGAAGUGUUUAGUCUUCAGUCUUAUUGGAUUACACUUUAAGAUUAAACCAAUCUAGAUUGGAUAUUGUGGACACAAGGUGGGUGGGAGUUUUUAGUUACCAUAAUUAGGAUUUUUUUUUCUGUAUAUUGGGGCAAUUUUUAUAAACAAUAAAUGAUGAUCUUUAAUAAAUGUGAUAACAUCUUUUUCUGUUAUUUUU